AUGUUGGUAUUUACUAUGGUUCCGAAAUGCAAAGAUCCAAUCAUGGGAAGAGAUUACAGCCAAAUUCAAGGGAAUAUUGAGGAAAUGGGAAUCACUGUAUCUGACGUUACGAGGGAAGAUGACGGUGAUUGGGAGUUUGGUGGCUUCGACGCUUGGGCAUGUGGUAAAGAUAUAACUCUUGACGAAGGGCUCUGUGGUAAAGAUAUAACUCUUGACGCCAAAGGGCCUUCGCUCGAAACGUCGAGUUUCUGCUUAUCUUUUAAGGUAGUAAUAUAACCACUCAGCACAACAUUUUCACAUUGGUACUACCUACACUGGUACAGACAGUUUUGGUAAAGAUAUACCCGCUUACGUGUGAACGUAUUGACUCGCUACAAUCGGAAAUUUGGAAAUUCGUUUGGUCAAGGAAACCGGAGUGAGUGCGUCGCGAAACGUGUAUGUUGGACUAUUCAAACGGGGGUCUGCGAAUUAUUAAUCUUGACAUCAGAAGCAAAGCAAUGUUGAUUGAUCGUGUCUUCCGAUUUUUUGAAGAGAGUGAGGCACCUUGGAAAGAUUUCAUGCGUUAUUACAUCGGACGGGCUUUAGGCAUAAAUGAUAACUCGAGACCAAAUAGUGACAUUCCAACUCCGUUUUAUAGUCAUCUUCUAGUCUGCGAUAGAGAAUGUGCUGUUGAUUUGGGACAACCUUGCACGAGCAAAAUGUAUUACCUAAAACGUCUAGAAGAUUGCGUUACCCCGGUACAAGUCAGAAGCGAGUUGGCUUGGAAUCAAAGAUUUGAUCCUGGUUUAAUCUGGAAAGAGAUUUGGAAGGAUGUCGCUGGAAGUUUCAAUGAUCCACUGUUACGUGAUUUUGAUUGGCGCACGGUACAUCGGGUUUUACCAGUCAACUUCAGAGUGCAUAAAUGGUAUUCACGAAUAUCCUCACCAUGUGCACGGUGUGGUGAAAGAGUGGAAUUAACGUUAGAACACACGUUGAUUCACUGUCCAAUGCAUGGUAAAAGAGAUGUGGAUGUUUAUUUUGAAAUUGUGCAAUCGAAUUGA